GUCAGUCAUGAUGCUAAUGAUUGUCCAGUCAUGGGGAGUAGUCACAGCCAUAUUUUAACCACAGCUCUAAACUGCCCACCUGCUGUAGUGAGAGAAGUGGGCCAAAAACUCAACCUAAAAUACUCACAAGAAUACCAGUUUCCUCCGCCUACAGACGGUCCGCCAGUUAAACAUGUCUACCACUUUGGGAAGGAACAUCACCAAAAGGCACAUUGCUGUUGGAGUUGCGGGAACGAGGUGGGAAGCUUUCUCUCCGAAGUUUUUUUAGAACAAGAAUCUGUUCCCAAGGCACCGAAACAUCCUGUAAAAAGGAAGCUGACGACUAACACAACCAUGCGAGGGUCUUCUCUUCGAUACAAAGAUGUUCUGAUUGUUUUCGAAUGCAGCUUCGAGGACAACGACAACUUCUUGGAUGCGUUAAGACUAUGGAAUAUCCCAGUGCGGACUCUCACAAUAGAAAACAAUCAAGUAGUUUACAUCGACGACGACAAGACGGCUUAUGCAAUCAGUGUCAGUGCCAUGCAGAUGUACAGGCCAAAAAGGAAAAUAGUUGUGUACGUUGAAAUGGAUGAGCAGCUUGAUAGUUCAGAGUACAAAGAGAUAGCCUUAGCAAGCUGUACAUCGCAGCUCAUUCUAGUGCAUUGUAAGAAAACAUAGUUUUACCUUGUAUUCUGUUUUCAAAUGCAAAUAUGCGCCAUUUAAAACACAUAAAACGGUUUAUAUAGCGAAUUUCCAAACAUUUCU